CCUGUGUUUAAUCUCACCCGCGCAGCCACUACGCUCACAAUCUCCUUCCGGCCUGUAGAAGCACCACAACACACCAAUGGGCUCCUUGUCUUUCUGCAACGGGGCGGGACCUCACGUCACCUCUGAGGCCUGCCCCUUACGUGACGUGCGUACGCAGACCCCUUUCCUCAGCUCGUGGCGCCCUCCGGCGGCGGCGCUCCCUCAAUGCGACGGCCUGACUCUUAACACCACCCAUGGAGCCGCAGGAAGAGGCGCGAACGCUCGGGGAGUCUGCGCCUCGGCCUUCUGGCGCCUGGGGAUUACCGACGCCGGGUGAAGAGGAGCGGUCCGAGGGCGGUGCGCGGCUGGCGGCGCCUCCCGCGGGCGCAUUGGGGGACAGCACGAGUGCAGACGGGCUGUGGGGGCUGCCGGUGGAGCACGCGGAGCGCAGGCCGGAGUGCAGCCGCUGCAGCCGUCCCCAGAAAGUGUGCUUAUGUCCAUAUCUGCCAGUUCGUCCACUCCAGAUCUCCACCCACUUGUACAUAAUCCAGCAUCCAGCAGAGGAAAGCAAAGUGUUGCGCACAGUCCCUCUGCUAGCAGCAUGCCUUCCCCCGGACAAAUGCACAGUCAAGAUUGGCCGCCGCUUCAGUGAAGAGCGAGAUAUUGAACUUUCAACUGUUUGCCGGGACUCUGGUACAUUAAUAUUAUAUCCAGGGGCUGAAGCUACUAAUUUGGAAGAAUUUAUAUUAGACGCUCCUGUUUAUCCUUCCACAAUCAUCCUCAUUGAUGGUACAUGGAGCCAGGCUAAGGACAUUUUCUAUAAGAAUUCCUUGUUCCGACUUCCCAAACAGACUCUGCUUCGCCCUCUUCAGGCUCUGUGUUCUUUCCAGCUUCAGCAUGGUGCUCAGGUUCGCCUCAGCAAGGAGUAUCUUCUCAAGAAUGGAUUAUAUCCCAAGCCUAUGCCAAAGAACAAACGCAAACUCAGGAAGAUGGAGCUGUUAAUCAACAGUGUCAAAAUUUAGCACACUUGUCCCUGCGUGCUGGUUUUCCUGUCAUUGGCUGACAAGACUGUGUUCCAUCUUCCCAGUUCUGACUUUUACUCUGAAGAAGGAGGAACGCUGGCCCACCCUAGUGCUGAAGGACGAGGUCUGCUCCACAGCAUCUAAUGGUUCACCCCACUGACCGAGAAGCGGUUUCACGCUGUCUCUGUUUUUGUUUUAUUUUUCUUUUUGAUUUUUCAAGACAAGGUUUCUCUGUGUAGCCUGUAGACCAGGCUUGCCUCAAACUCAGAGAUCUGGCUGCUUCUGCCUCCCAAGUUCUGGGAUAAACAGCAUGUGCCACCUUUGUCCAGAUACUGGAUCCGCUUUUAAACAUGUGCUUCCAAUACAUUUUUUAAAAGGUCUAUUCAAAAAAGGGUUACUUGUUAGUCUAGACUAAGGACCUGUUGUUCGUAAAAUGAAGAAAAUUUUGUCUGGGAACAUGUUCCCGUCAGUGUUUAUACAUAGGUGGGUGUAGGUUAGUGAUGGGGUAUAGCCAUGACACUAAUGCUUCAGCCCAGUGAAUGAAAUUCAGAGUGUGACGUAGUGACACAGAGGGCUGUGUGUGUUAUUCAGGAGGAGAAAAGAACAGGAAAACUUUACCCUUCAGGGUUCUCCUGGACUCAGCGAAUCCACGCAGUGGGACUUACAUCUUCUCUUAGUGGCUGAAUUCCUGAGGACUCCAUCUAAUUUUGAAAUAGCCUGUAUUCUCAAUGGGAGAUGCUGUGCAUAACUUCAGGUUUUCAGUGUCCAUUGAACAAGUUAACUGGUGGUAAGAAGUUUUUGAUGAAGUUUCUACAUGAAAAUGACUGAAGUAAAUUAUAAUACAGCUAUCAUUUCUAUUAGCUCUAUUUACAUUUUUUAAAGAGAAAAAACUUUCAAUGUGAAAGAUCGAUUCCCUCACCUUAUUAGAAUAUUUACUAAUAUUUUGUAAAGAAUAAGAGAAUUUAUAUAUUUAUACAAAAUUUACAGUUAAGCAUACACUUUGGCAAGAUCAAGACGUUUCAUUUUGACUGUUAUUCACGAUUAUUCAAGUUUCCUGAAUCCAGUGUGAGAGUGGAAGGGAAAACCAAGCAUGCAUUUUUGUGGUGAUUUUGAUAAAUACUUCUCUGUGUGGCAUGAACACACCAGUUUCUGAUUAUUUUUAUGCCCAUUUGUUUACUAUUGGCUCAGAUCAGCUUGGCUGGUCCCAAUUAGAAUGCUAACAAAUAUGUAGCAAAUUAUGGAAAAAUAUUAAAAUUUAGGUUUGUCUUCAAUUGCUGACUUAUAUUUGCAUUUAAAAAUAAGUUGGUCUUUUAUAACCUAAAUGUCUAGUAGCAAUUGAUUAUUUGUGUAAUAAUGAAAAAAUAGUAUAAUGUAUAAUGGCUUCUUAAGGAAUGAGAUAAAACUAUCAUAAUUUUUUAUGUUGGAAAUAAACUUUAUAAACUCC